GCGCUGGAGCCCAGAGAGGUGGCUGCUGGGGCGGUGGGCAGGCGGAGGGCGCACGGGACCCUCAGCGGAGGCUGCUGGGCCCAGGGGUUCCGCCCGUGGGGAGCCGCAGAGGAACCGCCUGAGACGGGGCGGCGAGGACCGGGGCUGGGCACUCCCAUCCCGGUGGACGUCCCUGGCUCCCGGCGGCGGGCGGGGUGAACAGGGAGGCUCCUUGCCGGCUCGCACUGUAAGUCCGUCCGUUUUCCACAUCGUGGUACAUGCCUCCGUGAGUGUACGGUGCAGUCUGCAAAGUGUGUCAGGGUUGGUAUAGCAGCACACACUGAUUGCUAGUCGGCACAGACAAUAAUGCCAUCUCUGCCUCAAGAAAGAGUUAUUCAGGGACCCUCUCCCCUGGAUCUGAACACAGAAUUGCCUUAUCAAAACACAAUGAAAAGGAAAGUCAGAAAGAAGAAAAAGAAGGGAAUCAUUACAGCAAAUGUUGCUGGGACAAAGUUUGAAAUUGUUCGUUUAGUAAUAGAUGAAAUGGGAUUUAUGAAAACUCCAGAUGAGGAUGAAACAAGUAACCUUAUAUGGUGUGAUUCUGCUGUUCAGCAGGAGAAGAUUGCAGAGCUGCAAAAUUAUCAGAGGAUCAACCAUUUUCCAGGAAUGGGGGAGAUCUGUAGGAAGGAUUUCUUAGCAAGAAAUAUGACCAAAAUGAUCAAGUGCCGGCCACUGGAUUAUACCUUUGUUCCUCGAACGUGGAUCUUUCCUGCUGAAUAUACACAAUUCCAGAACUAUAUGAAAGAAUUGAAGAAGAAAAGAAAGCAGAAAACUUUUAUAGUAAAACCAGCUAAUGGUGCAAUGGGUCAUGGGAUUUCUCUGAUAAGAAAUGGUGACAAACUUCCAUCUCAGGAUCAUUUGAUUGUUCAAGAAUACAUUGAAAAGCCUUUCCUAAUGGAAGGCUACAAGUUUGAUUUGCGAAUUUAUAUUCUCAUAACAUCGUGUGAUCCACUAAAAAUAUUUCUCUACCAUGAUGGACUUGUGCGAAUGGGAACAGAGAAGUACAUUCCACCUAAUGAGUCCAAUUUGACCCAGUUAUACAUGCAUCUGACCAACUACUCUGUAAACAAGCACAACGAGCGCUUUGAAAGGGAUGAAACUGAAAACAAAGGCAGCAAACGUUCCAUCAGAUGGUUUACAGAAUUCCUGCAAGCAAAUGAACAUGAUGUUGCUAAGUUUUGGAGUGAUAUUUCAGAAUUGGUUGUAAAGACUCUGAUUGUAGCAGAACCUCAUGUCCUACAUGCAUAUCGAAUGUGCAGACCUGGUCAAUCUCCGGGAAGUGAAAGUGUUUGCUUUGAAGUCCUGGGAUUUGAUAUUUUGUUGGACAGAAAACUGAAGCCAUGGCUCUUGGAGAUCAAUCGAGCUCCGAGCUUUGGUACUGAUCAGAAAAUAGAUUAUGAUGUGAAAAGGGGAGUGCUGCUAAAUGCAUUGAAGCUACUAAACAUCAGGACCAGUGAUAAAAGAAGAAACUUAGCCAAACAAAAAGCUGAGGCUCAAAGGAGGCUUUAUGGUCAAAAUUCAAUGAAAAGGCUCUUACCAGGUUCCUCAGACUGGGAACAGCAGAGACAUCAGCUGGAAAGGCGGAAAGAAGAGUUGAAAGAGAGACUCGCUCAAGUACGAAAGCAGAUCUUGAAAGAAGAACAUGAAAAUCGGCACAUGGGGAAUUAUAGGCGAAUUUAUCCUCCAGAAGAUAAAACACUACUUGAAAAGUAUGAAAAUUUAUUGGCUGUUGCUUUUCAGACCUUCCUUUCAGGAAGAGCAGCUUUAUUCCAGCGAGAGCUGAAUAAUCCUUUGAAAAGGAUGAAGGAGGAAGAUAUUUUGGAUCUUCUGGAACAAUGUGAAAUUGAUGAUGAAAAGUUGAUGGGCAAAACUGCCAAGCCUCGAGGACCAAAGCCUCUGUUGUCCAUGCCUGAGAGCACCGAGGAAAUGAAGAGGUGGAAGGUGUGCAGUAGCGACAGCAGCUGUGAUGAGAGCAGCAGCAGUUCAGAAUCAGAUGAUGAAAAGGAAGAAAACCAACGUGAGGAAAGAGAAAAACAAGUCACAUGUAAUCUUAGACAGUCCAGCCACUGCAAAUUAACUCAACCAUCCUGCUCUAUGAGGCGUUCUGUCAGUUGCCCUCGGUCCAUCUCUUCCCAGUCACCUUCUGUUGUGGACAGCCGCCCCUUUUCUGCUCAGCAAAUGGUAUCAGCAUCCGGGCCGGCUUCAGGGUCUCGGUCACAUUCUUUAAACCGUGUUUCCUCCUACAUGAGAUAUUUGCCUCACAGUAAUGAUGGCACCUCUACUAACUCUCAGAUGAGUGAGUCUUUGCGGCAACUGAGAACAAAAGAACAGGAAGAUGAUCUAACAAGUCAGACCUUAUUUGUUCUCAAGGACAUGAAAAUCCGGUUUCCAGGAAAAUCAGAUGCAGAGUCAUUACUUCUGAUAGAAGAUAUCAUUGAUAACUGGAAGUAUCAUAAAACAAAAGUGGCUUCAUAUUGGCUCAUAAAAUUGGACUCUGUAAAACAACGAAAAGUUUUGGACAUAGUAAAAAAAAGUAUUCGUACAGUUCUUCCACAUAUCUGGAAAGUACCUGAUGUCGAGGAAGUAAAUUUAUAUCGGAUUUUCAACCGGGUUUUUAAUCAUUUACUCUGGAGUCAUGGCCAAGGACUGUGGAACUGUUUCUGUUAUUCAGGAUCCUCUUGGGAGAGUAUUUUCAGUAAAAGCCCGGAGGUGGUGACUCCUUUGCAGCUCCAGUGUUGCCAGCGCCUGGUUGAGCUCUGUAAACAGUGCCUGCUAGUGGUUUACAAAUACGCAGCUGACACAAGUGGAUCACUCUCAGGCAUUGGCACUGAUUGGGGUAAUUCCAGACACACGGAUUGUACUGGCCUAAUGCCAAUCAAAGUUUUCCCAGAGGAAGACAGAUUUUACAGGUAUUUACUACCAGGAAGUACACAAUUCUUUAUGAGAACACCAACAUACAACUUGAAAUACAGUUCACCUGGAAUGACUCGCUCCAAUGUUUUGUUUACAUCUCGAUAUGGACAUUUGUGAAGCAGAAGGGAAGAUUGCCAUGGGUUAUACAUAAUAGCAAUUCAUUUUUUUCCCCCCAUUUUAAACAUGCAAAGAAAGUGCCCAUUAAGUGCUAUUUUAUGUAUAUAUGACAUAAUAUAUGUGUGAAAAUACGUAACACAUUCACUCAAAUAACAUAUAUGUUUAUUAUAAUAUAUGAAAGAAGAAUUAGCAGAAAACUGGUAUAAGACUUAACCUUUCUGGAAAUAUAAUAAACCAUGUUAAAAUUGUUUACACAAAUACGUGAAUGUCUAGACUUCCCUAGGUUUAUAAUACCUUCCUACUAGAAAUGUUAUUUUUGCUGCAGAGUAUAUAAAACAAUUGAUCUUGAAGAUCCCAUUACAGUGUUAAAAUAUUUUCUAGAUAACACAUCUUUUGACUUGAAAAAACAGUAAUAGUAUGAUACCUUAUUAAUUCUCUUAGAUAUAGUGGCCAUUUAAAAUAAAAAAAAUUUAGAAGCCUGGGGUUGCUUGA